AAAACUUAAUGGGCUUCGGCACAUAUACUUAUUUGGCCCUUUUCUUUGUUUCUUGGGAUUCAGGUCAAGUAGGUUUUUCCUCCUCUGUUCUGUUGUUGUUUUGUAGAAAUUGUGAAUCCAUUAUUGGGAAUUACGAUGGAAACAUCAAGAUGGAGGAAAACCGGUUUUAUGCGUCGAGUCCCACGUACCUUCAGAUAUUAUCCAUAUGGUUCUUCAGGGCUUAGCAACGACAUCUAUGAGGAGAUUAAAGGACUAGGAGUUGAUCUGUCCCUUUGUGUGGCUGAAUCCAUGUUCUUGCUCUCUGAAGACAUUCGUGCUAUGUUAUAUUUCUGCGCUAAGUUAUGGAGAGAUGUGGGGGAACCUACAAGUCCCGUCUCGGAAAGGCUGCUUCGUGUGAUGCAUUAUGUCUACUCAAAACAGAUCGAACCAUACCAGAAGAACAGAGGGAAUGGUUGCGGCGUAUCAGUCCAACGUGAAGAAUUGAUCAGGAGCGCUUGGGAAGAUUCUACUGGCAGAAUCAGAAUCAGACAUUUGCAUCGCCUUGUUUUGCUUGUCAAAAAGAAUACUUGCUAUUUUCAGGAUUAUAUACUAUGCAUGUGUAUUCGUAACUACAAGCAAUUGCUCAAGAGGCUAGAGGAUAAAUUGAGGCCCGUUUCAAUGGAGGCUAAUGCUCUUGCACGGGAAACUAGACACUCUAUUUCUGACUUGUGGAAGUCUCUCUAUGAUGAAGAUGAAACACCUCAAGUAUUAAGGGAUAAGAUUGUUUGCGACCUCUUUCACCCUAUCUUGCCCGAGAUACAGACACUACCUGUAUAUGCUCCUUUCAUUGUAGGGAAGGGUUAUGCAGAGCAGAAGCUGAGAGAGGAGGCUGUGCAACUAGGAGUUGAGCUCUCGCUAUAUGUGGCUGAAUGCAUGUUUUUGCUGUGUGAUGACGUUAGUAGCAUGUUACGCUUCUGCUUUAAUGUAUGGCGAGAUGCAAUAAGGAACCGCAAUCGUGAUAGUCCCGUGCUGGAAAGGUUGGUUCGUGUUUUUUAUUAUGUCUACUUAAAAGAUAUCAAACCAAUGAAUGGAGAAUUACGUAAUGGUGGAGAGUCAGUCCAGUGGAGACUGAUCACAACGACUUGGAGUAAUUUUGUUGAUGGAAUCAGAGACCUGGAUCGCCUUGUUUUGAUGCUCAGAGGAGAACAUAGCGGUGUACAUUACCAAAGUUUCAAGUCUAGUGUUGGAGAUUCGCUCAAGGAGGUAGAUGACAAGUUGAGGGUUGUCAAGGCUGUUUCAGAGGCGAAUGGGUUUGCGAGGGAAGCCAUGGAGUCCAACAUUUUGGACUUGUGGAAGUCUGUCUUUGACAAAGAAGCCAAAGAAGCAACACAGACUAUUAAAGUGAUUAGGCUUGAGAUGCUUCGUGAUCUCUUUCUCCCUCAGUGGAACGACUAGUUUCUUUCUUCUUAGAUUCUAUCACAUUAGUCUUUUUGUUUUUCUUUUUUUUUAUAUGAAAAAGGUUAUUUGUAACAUACAGAACAGAAUCAGAGCAAUUCUUACCUAUCU